UACUGAGGCAUGACGGCAGGUCAUGUCAUUGGUCAUGUGUGCUGCUUUCUUUCCUAGAUACAGAUGCAUUGCAAAGACAUGGAUGAAGUGAUCAACUUUUGAACCGUUUUUGCUCCUCAGAUUUGCCAGAACUACCUAAAGGAUCAAUUGAUUUGCAGAAAACACCCUGGAGAAUGCACUUCCUGGACCUCUGGACUUGAAGCAUUCAGACUCAAAGGGUACCUAACACCCUGGUACUUUCUCCCAGGUAAACUGCAGAGAUGUCUAGUGAGAAGGGACAUGUGGAAAUUCCUAUGAUUAUGUAUGAACCGCACCAUGAACCCUACAUGCAAGAACCCUCUGCACCUGAGUACUGCAGCCAAGUGGGGGGUUAUGAGUAUCCUUCCCCCCCACCUUAUUCCUGUCGAGAAACAGCCACAAUUGAGCAACCAGUUUACAUGGUGUCUCAGCCUCCGAUCAUCGUAGCAGGAAUCUUCUCAAGCAAGCCAACAUCCACAAUAUGCCCUUCCUGCCGCCAGCACAUCACCACGCAGGUCACCUACAGACUGGGCAGACUGUCUUACCUUCUGUGCACCACCUUGUGUAUGGUUGGGUGCUGUUUUGGAUGCUGCUUUGUACCUUUCUUUGUGAAGAUCUUCAAGGAUGCAGACCACUACUGCCCAUGCUGCCAAUUUCAUAUUUACAGAUACAAAAGACUAUAGAAACAAAAGUUUAUGCAACUAGAUGAUGUCAGGUCUCUGUUUCCUAAUGGCGUAAGAUUCUACAUGUAAAACUACUGCUAAGAAACAUAUAGGAGUAGGCCUAGGUUCUGCAGCUCCCUUGCUGGUGAAUCUAUCUGGAGUUUACCAUCACAUGGCUGGACUGACUUUAAAACAAAAAUCCUUGAAGACUAAUUUACAAUGUCACUUGAAUUUAUGCUCUAUUUGAAUCACUGCCCUGAGCUGUGAAGUGACCAGCUAGUGAGUACUUCAGUGCUACUCCUCCACCUCUCAAAUCUCCAACCCAGCUGGGACACAGACUCUUCUGGACUCUUCAACCCACCAAUAACCAAGAGGUUUGGACACGCACGUUUUAGGGGAAGCACUCACCUUCUAUGCACUUGAACUGACUGGUCGGGAUUUCAUUUUUCUCUGCUCUUCUUUGUAUGGGACCUACCCCUGCAGGGCUGUGGGUGGUACAGUAUAGCUGAUUAUUUAUUAAUUAAACACUAAGUUAUGAGACUGUCUUUACUGUGUUAUAUACGAAGUAAAGAAAAUAAACCUGGUAUUGUUAACAAUACCGGCAAAACA